AUGGUUCUCGAGGACGAAUUUGUGCGUCACAAAGACCUAUACUAUGCUGAUGGCAGUGUGGUCCUCUUAGCCGCCCAUGCUGGGAAAACCCAUGCGUUUCGAGUUCACAAGUCUGUGCUCGCAUCGCACUCUAAAGUAUUUGCGGAUAUGUUUGUGCUACCCUCUACCGCAGAGAAUGAAACGUAUGAUGGUAUAGACUCGGUACAGAUGCCAGAUGAUGCAAAAGAUCUUGAAGACCUGCUUCGAGCCCUUUACUACCCGGGAAACCCUCUUGCCGCAACCAAAUACAAAGGGAUUCUCCUGCUAUCGCAGAAAUAUUUCGUGCGCGUCCUGCAGAAGCUGCUCAGGGCUCGUUUCCGUGCAGACUGGCCAUCCACCCUCCCUGAAUGGGACAGACUCAUGGAGCACUACGCCAGUCUUUCUGCAUCCAUAAUACCGCAACAUGAUGCGGCCAGUCAGUUCAUCGAUAAUCGUAUGCUGGAACCUGCUUCUGCCAUACGCUUGGCCAGGGAGGCCAAUAUCCCAGAAAUUUUGCCGGCUGCGUUUUAUAUGUUAUCUACAAUCAGUCCUUUCAUGGACUUUGAUACCCUCCGCAGCCCGAACCCCCCUCCACUCACUGAUUCUCAAGGGAAUGUCCUUUUGUGGCAGCCUGGAGAACGCAGCGCCCGAUGGGGGCUCUUAACACCUGAUGAUUGGCUUUGCCUAGCACGAGGCAGGCAUUGUAUGACGGACUUCGCUCAAACAUUUGAGGCGCAGGAAAGCCAAUGCAUGUGCGACUCGCAGAAUUGUAUUCAACUCGACAACAAGAGAAAGUUGUUGAAGGGACCACCUCAAGAUUUCUUACGUGUCUUGAAGGAGAUUGGCUCCCAGAAAACACUUCAACAAUAUCCCUGCUACAAUUCCCUGCAGGCGCUGGCGUCCCGCAGUUUGGAAACACGGUCCGUUUUGUGGGAGAACCUGGGUUACUACUUCGGUUUACCGGAGGUAGUUGAUGAUCAGAAUGACGGUGACUCUGAUGAUAUUGCACUUGUGGAGAGUGAGUUUAUAGACGGAUGA